CACGUACCGGUAAAUGUCAACUUAGUUAGCAGCAAUGUUUGUUUAUUAUUUGAGAAAUUUACAGAAAUGUAAACAAUGCGCUUACCAAUUUAUUAACGAAAAUUCCCAUACAGACACCCCUACAGAGACGCGAUAUUUUUUGGUUGUGAAUACAAAGUUUGAAAAAGGCUCAAAAGCCAUAAGUAUUAAUUCAACUUUGUAUCACUCCGCUAUAAAGUCAUACGUUCCAGACAAGAGCUAGACAUAUAAAAAGGCAUUUGUCCUUUUUUAUUAAAGUCAAACAUGGACGGAAGAUUCUCUACUGAUCCCAUUUAUUUCCAUCUCCCAAGGCAAAGAAUAAGCGUCGCCUGCCAAAGAUGCAGGAGACGAAAAAUACGAUGCUCUGGCCGUUUAGAUCCUCAGGGGAAAUGUCUCGGAUGCAUUAAAGCAAAUCACCCUUGCGAGUUCGUGAGCCGCCAUCGUCAUCGGACAUUUGAUUAUUCAAGUCCACAGUCGCCGUAUCCAAAACCCGUGGAUUUCCAAUCACCUUCCUUGUUUACGGAAAGGGUAGAAAACAGUCCAACAUCGUUUACACAGGAGUCUCCCAUACCUUUGGGAGUUCCCGUAAAUUCACCAUGCGGUUUCUCACAAGACCCGGUCAUGACUUUGUUGCAAAGACAGCAAGAACAACAACAAAUGCAACUUGAACUCCGUCUGCUGACACAAUCUAUUGCUCGACAAAACCAGUAUAUGCAAAAUCUCGGGUGGACGCAGCCAACACAAAUUCCAAACGAGAAGGAAAAAUUCGACAUUAGCCCAACGAUGUUGUCCUUGCAAGCAUAUCAGAGCGCGCUCAUGGGUGAAAAAGACGGACUCCCGUCAGCAGAUUUUUCAGAGAAAAUGUCUCUUUUUGACCAGUUAACCCCUACCAACAUUCCUUUCAUGUCUGAUACAGAAUAACAACAUAGCUAUAGUUGCAAACGUUGAGUCUUCAGAAACAUGCCGUUCUGUAAGAAAACCACAUGUACAUACUAUUUUAAGAAUAAUCCACCGGCAGUAGUGGAGCAGAGUCUGCUAACAAACGCUUAUUAAGCGCCUCUGUCUCCGCGAUGCGAAUAUCAUUUUGUAAAAGA